CGAUACUAUCAACGCUUUUUACACGUUUUAUAUGCGAAACCGCCAAGUCAAAGACGCCGUGCUUAAACAAAUCACUUCCAACUGGAAGCAUUUCACGACACAUAAUCUACGAUAUAUACAUAAUACAUCCACUCCACACAACAAUCUCAAGAUAUCUCCAUUCAGUUGACACCACAAGAAUCAAGAACAAAAUGGGCAGCGAAGCUGAGAUCAUAGAGCCAAGAAAGCCAAGAUUCUUGUGCCUUCAUGGGUUCAGAACAAGUGGGCACAUACUCAAAACUCAGCUCAAAAAAUGGCCUGAAUUUGUUCUUGAUAAGCUUGAUUUAGUCUUCCCAGAUGCCCCUUUUCCCUGUGCUGGCAAAUCUGAGGUUGAAGGGAUUUUUGACCCUCCUUAUUAUGAGUGGUUCCAGUUCAACAAGGAGUUUACGGAGUAUACUAAUUUUGAUGAGUGUCUUGAGUAUAUUCAAGAAUGUAUGAUCAAGCAUGGACCUAUUGAUGGGCUGCUUGGUUUUUCACAGGGAUCCAUAUUGUCAGCUGCAAUGCCCGGGUUACAAGCCAAGGGUUUGGCUCUUACAAAAGUGCCAAAGAUAAAAUUUCUUAUUAUAAUUAGCGGUGCUAAGUUCAAGAAUGAAGCUUUGGCUGAGAAGGCAUUCUCAGAGGCGGUUAGUUGCCCAUCGCUGCACUUUUUAGGUGAGACGGACUUCCUAAAACCACAUGGGACUGAUCUUCUAGAAUCAUUCGUAGAUCCUGUUGUGAUUCAUCACCCUAGAGGGCAUACAAUACCAAGACUAGAUGAUAAGGGCUUGGAGACGAUGCUGAGUUUCCUUGAAAAGAUACAAAAGGAAGUUGCGAACCAGGAAGGUGAAGAGAAGUGCUUAGAGGAAGCUCCUUAACUUGCAGAAAUAUAUACAGUUGAGCUUAAUUUCAAAGCUUGCGUAGUUCAGUUUGUAUCAAUAUUAUUUGGCGACGGUCAGAACGUAGAAACAUGAAGAAAUCAAGUAUCAGUUGACGUGGUCAGAGAUGUGAUGUAAGGUAUACUUUGGGGGCACAGAUUACUACUAUAAACGAUGUACUCCCAAUCAAACUUUUCAUCUUUCUAUAGAUAUUAAAGUCAAAUCCUGGAUC